UGGCUCUGUCUCAGUCUUUCUCUGGCAAGCUACAGAGUACAGACCUUAGGAUUACACUCCACUCUCCUAUUUUCAAUCUCUCUCUCUCCUCUAUCUCACUCUCUCUCUCUCUCUCUCUCUCUCUCUCUCUCUCUCUCUCUCUCCUCUCUCUCUUCUCUCUCGCUCCUCUCUCUCACUCUCUCUCUCUCUCUCUCCUCUCUCUCUCCUCUCUCUCCUCUCUCACUCCUCUCUCUCUCCUCUCUCUCUCUCCUCUCUCUCUCCUCUCUCUCUCCUCUCACUCUUCUCUCUCUCCUCUCUCUCUGUAUGUGACUCUCUCAGUACUAGCAUCUAUAGGUUGCUGUUGUUAGAAGACACUGUGGAAGCAGUAGGGGGAGUAGCUGGGACUUUGGCAUCGAUGCCUUCAUAAGGACUGGAGCUCUAUCGUUGUCUAGUGGAUCGCUACCUGGACUGGACUAAGCUCUGGGUCGUGGUUGAGGAACUGUCGGGACGUGGUGGAGGGACUAUUGGGUCGUGGUGGAGGAACUGUUGGGACGUGGUGGAGGGACUAUUGGGUCGUGGUGGAGGGACUGUUGGGUCGUGGUGGAGGGACUGUUGGGGACUUACAGGCAGAUUUGUAGACUAUUUUGGAGCAGAGAGUUAUUAUUAAGGAUCCUGUUCCAUAACGUGUGUCUCUCUGUGGGUCCAUGAGUGGAUUGCAGGUCUGUGUGAUUCGGUGUGUCUGAGUUCCUGUGUGAGCAUCUCUCUGUGGGUCCAUGAGUGGAUUGCAGGUCUGUGUGACUUGGUGGUGUGUGUGACUUGGUGAGUGUGACUUGGUGUGUGUUAGUUUCUGUGUGAUUUGGUGUGUGUGACUUGGUGUGUGAUUUGGUGUGUGUGUGUGUGUGUGUGUGAACAUUCCUGUGUGUGUGAGUGAGUGUGUGACUUGGUGUGUGUGUGUGUGUGUGUGUGUGUGUGUGUGUGUGUGUGUGUGUGUGUGUGUGUGUGUGUGUGUGUGUGUGUGUGUGUGUGUGUGUGUGUGUGUGUGUGUGUGUGUGUGUGUGUGUGUGUGACUUGGUGUGUGUGAGUUCCUGUGUGACUUGGUGUGUGUGACUGUGUGUGUGAGUGUGGGUGUGAUUUGGUGUGUGUGAGCGUUCGUGAGUGUGUGUCUGUGUGUGUGUGUGUGUGUUAGUGAGUGCGUGAUUCGGUGUGUGUGAGCGUGUGUGUGAUUUGGUGUGUGUGAGUGAGCGUUCCUGUGUGUGUGUGAUUUGGUAUGUGUGAGUGAGUGUGUGUGUGUGUGUGUGUGUGUGUGUGUGUGUGUGUGUGUGUGUGCUAGCUCAGCCAGGAUGAGUGUUCCCAUGUUAAAGAUUGGAGCGGUGCUGAGCACCAUGGCCAUGGUGACUAACUGGAUGUCCCAGACACUGCCCUCUCUAGUGGGGCUCAACGCCACCAGUCCUGAUGGGAACCACCAGAGGAUCAUCAGCGCGUUGUAUCCGGGUCCAGAUGAAGGUUGGCAGGUGUACAGCUCGGCGUCGGACCCUGAUGGGAAGUGUGUGUGUACAGUGGUUGCUCCCGCUCAGAACCUCUGCAAACGAGACCCCCGCAGCCGUCAGCUACGCCUACUCACAGAACAGGUGCAGAACGUGAGUCAGUCUAUGGAGGUGAUGGAUCUGAGCACGUCUAGAGACCUGCAGUACGUCAGAGAUACUGAACCACUGCUGAGAGGAGUAGACGGACACCUACAAACCUACACCACCAACCCACGCAGACUCACUAAGAAGGGCCUGCAGGAGUUGAAGGGUCAGAUGUCUCAGCUGCGCCCCCUGUUGUCGGUGAUUGACCAGUACAGGUUAGACCUCCAGACCCUGGCCGUGCUCCGAGGGGAAGUCCUUAACCUGUCAAUCAUCCUGACAGCCAUUCAGGAGGAGGUGGGGGCCUACGACUAUGAAGAACUUCAACAGAGAGUGCUACUGCUGGAGACUAGGCUGCACGCCUGUAUGAACAAACUGGGCUGUGGGAGAUUAACAGGGGUGAGCAUCCCUAUCACUGUUAGAGCAUCGGGUUCCCGCUUCGGAUCCUGGAUGACUGACGCCAUGAUACCCAGCUCCGACAGCAGGGUGUGGUCUAUGGAUGGUUACUAUAAGGGGAGGCGUGUGUUAGAGUACAGGACCAUGGGCGACUUCACUCGAGGACAGAAUUUUGUUCAGCACAUCUUACCUCACCCCUGGGCCGGGACAGGUCAUGUGGUCUACAACGGAUCACUGUACUACAACAAACACCAGAGCAACAUACUGGUGCAGUACCACUUCCGUUCCCGUAACGUGGUGCUCCAGAGGAGUCUCAGUGGAGCGGGUUACAACAACACCUUCCCCUACAGCUGGGGGGGUUCUUCUGAUAUAGACCUGAUGGCUGAUGAGACUGGCUUCUGGGCAGUCUACACCUCCAUACCUAACGCUGGGAACAUACUGGUCAGUCGGUUGGACCCUCGUUCUCUCGACAUUCUCCAGAGUUGGGACACAGGGUUUCCUAAACGCAGUGCAGGGGAGACCUUCAUGAUCUGUGGUACCCUGUACGUCACCAACUCCCAUCUGGCCGGAGCCAAGGUCCACUUUGCUUACCACACCAACUCCUCCAGCUACGAGUACACAGACAUCCCCUUCCACAACCAGUACUCUCACAUCUCCAUGAUGGACUACAACCCCAGAGAGAGGGCCCUCUACACAUGGAACAAUGGACAUCAGGUCAUCUAUAAUGUGACCCUGUUUCAUGUUAUACAGAGCGAUGGAUAGAGGAGGAGGAGGAGGAGGAGGAG